AUGCCUGCCUGCCAGGCGCGCUCAAUCAUGUUGGCUUUUUCACGCUUACUAGAGUUACGCCCGCGCCGGUGGCGCGGACCGGCAGGAGCCGGUGGCCGCGACAAGCCGGCCGGGAGCCGGCAAAGAAACAGGCCGUCGUCGGGGGUUUCAUUGCGGUGUUCGGGCGAAUAUAGAAGUGGUCUGAAUAACUGGCAUCAUCGCCUGCCGAAUUAUUCAACUAUUAUUCCCGUGGGGCCCAGGGGCCACGGACCCCGGAGAAGGCCGCGCCGCGCUAGCUUUCGUGUUCGCGAUCGCGAUUUUGAAAACGCUGAAGGUGGGAAAAUUGCGGCCUACGCCAAUCGCAGCGUGCCAGGUGGGGGCCGGGCCAUCCUGGUGGUUACGAAGGGCUUAUCAUUGUUCCCGGGGCCUCCAGGCCACCGGCUGCAGCGCAGGACGAAAACGGUGGCCGCCCGUCCGAUCGCAUCAUCUCGCGGCGCGCGGACCUUGUCAGUUCCGUUUCCCGGACGCCAACCGGAAGGAGCCGGUCGCGGCAUGGUUACCUCCGCCCUGACACGGUUUUCCCCUUCGCACAGACAGACAGCCAGCACAGCCAGCACAGGCGCACAGCGGAGUGGAGCCAGUCAGUCCUCCCCGCUCCGCUCCGCUUCGCUUUCGUCCCGGCCCGUCCCGUCCCGUCCCGUCUGGCUGGCUGGCUUUCCCUUCGGGUUCCCCGUCCGCGUCCGGGUCCGGGCCCGGGCCCGGGCCCGAGAGAGCGUGAGCGUGUACAUUGCUUGUCGCUCGCGUCUCCCGUUGUCUCUCCUCUCUGGCCGUGGCCUGCUUGCUCUGCCCGCCUCGCGUCCCUCUCGUCCGGCUCUCCUCGUUCUGAGUGCGUGUCGCCGUGGCUCUCUUCCCCUCCUCGGUCGCUCCCUCGAGAGAGGACCGACCCUUUUCCUGGGCUCGGUGGAAAGUGAAACACAACAUUGCCAGCAAUAG